AAAACCACAUACCACCUCCUAUAAUAAGGAAUCAACUUCCGGUAACAACCAUAAACUUGAAAAAAAAAAUAUUCCAACUCCAUGCCAAAUCAAGAAGCUCUCUGUUUAGGUACGAUCAUGGCUGACAUAGGAGCAGUACAAGAGCGGAAGAUAGUUGUUGCAAUUGAUGAAGGAGAAGAAAGUAUAUAUGCAUUAACAUGGGCAAUCAAGAAUGUUGUUUCGCAAAAUUCUUCCAAUGACACUAUCAUUCUUCUUUAUGCAAAACCACAGCGUGCAGUUUACUCUACUUUAGAUGGACCAGGUGAUAAACCCAACAAGAUUCUUUUUUUUUUCCCGUACAUUUCACACAUUAGUAAUAUUUUCAGUAAUUUCUUGAUUCAUUUUGUAGGAAAUUUGUUUUCAUCUGAUGUUAUUAUGUCAAUGGAGAAAUAUAGUAAAGAGGUUGCUGAUUGUGUGAUUGAAAAGGCUAAAAGAGUUUGCAAAGACCUUCAAAAUGUUAAAGUGGAGACAAUGAUUGAGAGUGGUGAUGCUAGAGAAGUAAUCUGUGAUGCAGUUGAGAAGAUUGGUGCUGAUUUACUAGUCAUGGGAACCCAUGGUUAUGGUGUGAUCAAAAGGGCUUUUCUUGGGAGUGUGAGUACUCAUUGUGCACAGAAUGUCAAGUGUCCGGUUCUAAUUGUGAAAAAGCCUAAAUCAUCUUAGAAGGAUGAAGUUUGGAAAUUCUCCUUUGCUUGUGACAAAGUGUUGUUUCUUUUGUACCGGAAGCUUGUUUUUGUACUUGUACUUAUCGGUUUUAUCCAACAUCACUGUGCCCCUGUUAUCCAUUGAUGGCAUAAAACAUGCUCACUUUCUCUUCAAAAAAGUGCGACGGUCAGUUGAUGACAUCCGAUAAUUACAUGUUUGCUUUCCCACUGUUAGUUGAAACUACUCAAAUGUGUGCUAGUGCACGACUCUACAUCGAAUUCGUGACAGCGAACAUAGGAGAUGUGCUUAUGAUAAGCAAAUAUGUGAUUGUUCUUAUCCAUUUAACAUCUUGAAAUUUUAAGCA